UCCAUGAAAAAAAAGAUCACAGAAGUGCAUUUUUUGUUCAGAAGUUUGCCGUAAACAAUUUGUGUGUGGCGGAAGUUAGGAGUACAAAGACUAAAGCAAUACAGCACCACCAUCUAAUGCUGACCACUCCGAUGAGGAGAGAUAAUCAAACUGCUGCUGAUAUUCAGGAUAUCUGAUGACGGGGAUCAUCUGAGUUUUAUUUAAUCCACAAAUUGACACCUGAAGAUCAGAGCCAAAGAUUCAAAAUUCUUGGAGCAGAGGAGUGGAAACAAUCCAUUUUGCCUUUAAUUCACCAACAUAACAAUUGGAUUACCGAAAAUUAGCCACACUGAAUCAUGGAGAAUUUAUAGAAGAGAUUUUCCAUUUGUGUUUAUUUUGUGAUGCAACAUUAGUCCCAGAGGAAAACUGAAAGGCUUAUAAAUGUCAGUGUUUUGAUGGUCUGUCAUUUGGUGAAGUCAGCAGAAAGGCAACAUGACAUGACUGAAUGUGAGACUUUGUUAAUAAUUGAUCAACACCAUUAAUUUAGCAAUUUGAACAAAAGAAAUCAAUCAUGGCCUCCAUCUUGCCCAGUUUAGUUCUUGUGUUUUUCUGGAUCUCGUGUUGCUAUUGCCAGAGUGUUGCUUACAUCACAACAGAAGAAGUUUUACCUCCUGUAUUCCUUGGCAAUGUUGCAGAUGACAGCAACCUCACUUCCACAACUGACCCAAUCAUUCUUGCCAAUGUCAAAUACAGCUUUCUUAGUGUGGGCAGCAACUCAGCCAACAGUGAUUAUUUUCAAAUCGAUGAAAAUACAGGGGAACUAAAAACCAAAUCAAAACUUGACAGGGAGACCAUAUGUCCUUUCAUGAAAGUAUGUGUUCUAUCUCUAAGGAUUGGUGCUAAUAGUGGAACUUUUUUCAGAACUAUCAAUGUAAAUGUCUCCAUCAUAGACAGAAAUGACAAUUCACCAUUAUUUCCAAUGAACUCUACCUCCCUCUCAAUACCAGAGGACACUGCCAUUAAUGCCACAUUUCCACUUCCUACUGCAUUAGACAGAGACAUGGGGGAAAAUAAUUCUUUGAAAACCUAUGUUCUGGAACCACCCAGUAGCGCAUUUGGAUUGUUACUUAGCCGCAAAAUUGAUGAGAGUUUGGAAGUAAAUUUGGUGCUUAAUAAGAAACUAGACAGAGAAAAGUUGAGAUCUUAUCGUAUUUACCUAGUGGCCAAAGAUGGCGGCCUUCCACAAAGGUCCAGCACCAUGACAAUUAACAUUGCAGUGGCAGAUAUAAAUGACAACAAGCCACGAUUUAGCUAUUCACAGUACAAUGUGACAAUACAGGAGGAUAUUGCAGUAGGUACUAACAUCAUUAAAGUGUCUGCAUCUGAUGAUGAUUCGGGACCAAAUGGUAUUGUUGAGUAUCGUUUUUCGUCGAAUCCAAAUGGUGAAAGUCAGAAGUUAUUUUCAAUAAAUAACAGUACAGGAGAGGUCAAGGUCAUUCAACAGUUGACCUUCACCUCUGGAGAACCUCACAGGAUUGUAGUGUCAGCAUUGGACCAUGGAUCCCCACCUCUUAGCAGCCAGGCUUUUAUCAACAUUCAUGUUGUGGAUGUCAACAACCAUGCUCCAGAAAUCAACAUCAACCUGUUAUCUGGGGGCAAAGUCAGUGAAAGUUCCAACAGAGGAACAGUUAUUGCCUACGUGGCUGUUGUCGACAAAGACACUGGUAAGAAUGGCCAGGUGAAAUGUACAAUAGACCAUCCUAAAUUCCAACUUCACAACCUCUCCAACACAGAGUAUAAAGUCAUAGUGUCAAAUGAACUGGACCGAGAGGAAAACAUUGAGUACAUUGUGAAAGUCUACUGUGAGGAUGAAGGUGUACCUAAACAGAACAAGUCAGAGAGCUUUAUUGUACAAGUUCUAGACAGGAAUGAUAAUGAACCGAAGUUUGACAGGGAACUGUACAAUGCUACCAUAACAGAAAACAAAGACCCAGGUCAGAUGAUCACCAAGGUCACCGCCUCAGACAGUGAUCAAGGAAGCAAUGCUGAGGUGCGCUACUCCAUUGAGCAAAACUUUCGUACAAAAUUUGAUGUAGAUUCUAGUACUGGAAUCAUCAGAGCCAAGGUGCGUUUUGACAGAGAGGUUGAGAGUAGCAUAUUGUUUAAAGUGUAUGCUGCUGAUAAUGGAUCCCCUGUACCACUGACAGCUACAGCGACUGUCAAACUGAACAUUGAAGAUGAUAAUGAUGAGUAUCCUACAUUUAACCAAAGUAGUUAUGAAUUUCAAGUGAUGGAAAAUAGGGAUGCUGACUUUGUUCUGGGCACUGUGGCUGCCACAGAUGAAGAUAUUGGUUCUAAUGCAGCCAUUGUGUACACCAUUCCUUUCACCUACCAGAACACUCCAUUCUCUAUCAAUCCGUCCACAGGAGAGAUAAAAACUAACAGAAGACUGGACCGUGAAGUCACCUCAAGGUACGUACUGUCUGUGAUGGCUACUGAUAGAGGUGUCUCUCCUAAAAACACCUCUUGUACUGUGACUGUUACCAUCCUGGACGAGAAUGAUGAAUACCCUCAGAUUAAGUUUCCCACCCGAGGAAACGAGUCUGUUAAGGUACCCCAUACCACCAUCCCCAACUCUGUUGUCACUCGAGUGGAAGCGUAUGACAAAGAUGAGGGGGAAAAUGGAUCUCUGAAGUACAGUAUUGUGAAAAGAGACGACGACAACCUGUUCUACAUUGAUUCAAAAUCUGGACAAAUCUAUUUAUCCAGGAAGAUAGAGAGUUUUGAUAUCAAAGAGUUUUCUCUGUUUAUUGAUGUAUCAGACCAGGGUAAAGUGCCGCUGAAAACGGGAGUAGAGGUGAGACUAUUUGUGGAAUAUCACGCUAUUCCAACAGUGGCAGAACAGAAAAUUGGACAGAAUGUGCUAAUAGCUAUUACCAUUGCCUGUGUGACAAUUGUGCUGUCAUUAGCCAUUAUAGUGACCAUUUUUCUAAUUAGGAGGAUGGACAAUAAUAAGCGUAAAAGAUUUACAAAUGUUGAGUCAAGUAAUCAACAUGAAUUUCAGCUUCCAGACUCUGUGCAAUAUAACUCUAAAAAAUCUUGCCUGACUCGAGAAAAUUCUCACAAGACUUAUCUCACAGACAAUAAUAAUCUCACAUCUCAGGAAGUGAAGAAAGUGAGUUUCUCAUCCGAUGAUCAACAGGAUUCAGGAAUUUUUAUGAUUGGUCGAGAUGUUGGUCCUAAUAACUUUGUAACCACCAAUCAACACAUCUAUGCAAAUCAGCAUCAUUCUCCAUACAACAGUCAGCCAGAAGACACGCCCCCACCUCGCCCGAGGAGAGAGAAGAAGCCAUCAGAUCUUCACCAGGAGGAGUUAAACAGAAUGGCUUCCAUCAACUUCCACCACAAACUCAUCAAAAACUACAAUAAACCACUCAUGUACCACCCUGACGAGAACAGACACUAUCUGUCCCAGCAGAAACCCGGUGUUGAGGACUCAAUCAGUGAUGGUUCAGGGGAGGUAACUGUGUCAGACAGUGGAAGGGGCGGGAGUAUGGAGGAUGUCCACAGGGCCAGUGUUCAGAUCUAGUCAUCACAGGGAGGCGUUAACAGAUUUAAAUGUGAAAGACUCCACAUUCCAACAGAGAUAAUGGAUUUUGUUUUUGGUGCAUUAUUGAAAAUAGACCUGAACUACAGCAGACUAGAAAAGAAUACAGCUGAUUCAGACUGCAGGACCUGACGAGUCAAGGGAGAGAAUUCAGCAGGUGCUUGGACCAAAGUUACCUCCUUUGUCAGGCUACAGCGAGGACAAACUAUAGGACAUAAUAUUGCUCUCUUGUGAUCUCAUUUCAUCAGCUUCAUUUUCUCAUCCCAUGCAACAAAACAGAGGAAAUGUUUUGAAUCAAAUCUUUAUUUUAUACCAAACAAAAGAAUAAUCCAAAACUUCUUAUAAACAUUUUUUCCAUAUAGUUGAUUUGAUUAAUUCCUAUGCAUCCAUUGUCAUUAUCAGACUUCUACUCUAAUCUCAGGUUGUUAUAAUUUAUUUAUUUUGCUGUA